UUUCGGUUGCGUCUGCCUCCUCGUUCCCACGCAUGUUUAAAUCAUCAGCUUCCAGAUGCAGAGGAGCUUUGCUCAGCUAUAGUCUCACCUCCAGCCUCGCACGGAAUACGAUGUGCACACUUGCAAAAUACUUGUCUGGCCAAACGUGAAAUCCGAGGAAAUCUUACCAACGCGUUUAUCACAUGCCGAAUACCAAUAGGUUUUGCCGGGACCGUACGGCACCUCUGAUCCCAUCUCUAAAACUUUGUGUCUAUCGAGGUAAUCCACCAGGAGUAAGAAGCAUCCGAGAUGUCGGGAAGCGAUAAUGAAAGGACGCGGUUCCUCAACUAUCCGACACCUAAGGCCCACGAUGCACCCUUCGAAGCUCCACCACCCGGUAGUAAUCCGGUGAUCAAGGGUUGGCCUUUGCACUAUCUUGCCAACCUCGUCGCUUUCGUACCCCUACUCCCGUACGCCCUUUGGAGCAAUGCAGGCUUCAGCUCGCUGCGCAAAUGCAGACAGCUAGACGGCAUCGACCCGCGAUACGAUCCCACCGUGAUACCCCUCCCGCAGCCGGGUAACGAAGCUCCUGCGAGGUAUACGAACAAGUCGAAUCUACGUGCGGCGCCCGAUUAUAAGCCCGAUGGCCGCUUCUACACUAUUGCCGACUUCCAUGACGCGUACGCGAGCGGCGCCCUGACACCUACAAAUGUCGUGGAAGCUCUCUUACCACUCAUACGCAGAGAUGUCGCGCAGCCGUCGCCGUACUCUACGGCUUUCCUGGAAAGCAAGGUGGAGUUGAUCCGACAAGCUGCCGAAGAGUCGACGCAGAGAUGGAAGAAAGGACAACCAUUGGGUAUACUGGAUGGCGUUCCCUUCGGUGUCAAGGACGACUUGGAGGUUACGGGCUAUAAGCGGUACAUUGGUACGAGCUAUGACUAUACUCAGGGUGGCGCGAAAGAGACGAGCUGGUGCGUGAAGAAGGUUGAGGAAGAGGGUGCGAUCUUGGUUGGGAAGCUCAAUAUGCAUGAGCUGGGUAUGGAUACUACCAACAACAACCCCAUCUGGGGAACGCCACUGAAUCCAUACAAUAACUCGUACUAUACAGGAGGUUCAUCUGGUGGCGCCGCUUCAGCCGUAGGCCAUGGCCUCAUUCCUUUUGCCAUCGGAUCUGAUGGCGGAGGGUCUGUCCGCAUACCCAGUAACUACUGCGGUCUCUACGGUCUGAAGACCUCCCACGCUCGAGUAUCGACCGCUCCCAUGCCCGAUGCAGGAAAGUCAGUUACAGUGCGAGGCCCGCUGGCAAGCAGCAUGUCUGACCUCGAGCUCUCGUACCGCGUCCUCGCCCAGCCCGACGUUUCUCAUUACCCAUCCUCCUUGUUCAACCCGCCGCGAAAGCUCACGGGUCCUCGGAACAAAGUACUCGGGGUAUGCAGGGCAUGGUUUGAUCGUGCUGAUCCGCCCGUGCAGGAAGCGUCCCAGUCAGCUUUGGACUACUUCACAUCUGAACUGGGCUAUGAGAUCGUCGAUAUCAGUAUCCCGCUCCUGAAGCAGGGCCAGUUGGCUCAUGCGAUGACUAUCUUGGCGGAAGGUGCAAGUGGACAUAACACGUCUAUCUACGCGCUCACGGCCCCCAACAGGAUCCUCAUGAGUGUAGCUCGACAAACGCCUGCAACCGACUUUCUCCUCGCUCAGCGCGUUCGCAAUAUCCUCAUGGAGCAUCUCGCACACCUUUUCCGUGUUCAUCCUGGCCUCAUCAUCGUAACACCUACGACGCCAAAUGCUGGCUGGCCCAUCGACCCUGCUGAGCUUACGCAUGGCGUGACGAACGGAAAUAUGCAGUUGAGAAACAUGGAGUAUGUAUGGCUUGCGAACUUCACGGGCAUUCCAUGUGUACAAUUUCCCGUGGGUUACGUAGAUGGCAUCAAGGGCAAGGGGAAGGUUCCUAUCGGUCUAAGCGGACAGGGUGAAUGGGGAAGCGAGGAUGCGCUCAUUGAGUUUGGCUAUGAUGGGGAGAAAUGGUUGCAUGAGGGGCAUGUAGGAGGCAAGGUGAGGCCAGAAGGAUGGGUUGACGUACUAAAGAGAUAGGGCUGAAUGCCUUGGUAAUACGAUUAGGGAUUAUCUAGUAGCUCUUCAAGGUAGCCUGGACAUACUCAGAGAAGAAAUGUAUCAAUCACAUCAGCAUCACCUGUAGGCUG